CAACAACAUACCACUCACAGUCGCGAGAAUGGGUCUACUAACGAUCAUACGGAAGCAGAGGAGGAAGGAGAGAGAGAUGAGAAUCCUGAUGCUAGGACUGGAUAAUGCGGGCAAAACGACGAUCGUUAGGAGACUCAAGGGCGGGCUGGAUCUCUCGAAAGUGAUGCCGACGCUAGGCUUCAAUAUCGACACCUUAAUCCACCGAUCCUACUCACUGAAUAUCUGGGACGUAGGCGGACAAAAGACGCUUCGACCGUACUGGAGGAAUUACUUCGAAGCGACCGAUGCAAUAAUCUGGGUAAUCGAUUCAACCGAUCGGGCUCGUCUCUCAGACACCUCGAUCGAACUCAACCAAUUACUAUUAGAAGAGCGCUUAGCUGGUGCUUCUCUAUUAGUCUUUGCUAAUAAGCACGAUCUGGUCGGGGCUUUAUCGGCCGAAGAAAUCGAAGAGGCACUAGCCCUCAACUCAAAGCCUACUGGACAUCGAUGGCGGGUGAUGGCCUGCAGUGCGAUCUCCGGUAUGAAUGUGAUGGAAGGCUUGGAUUGGGUUGUCGAUGAAGUUGCCAGUCGGUUGUAUCUACUCCAGUAAACAUCGAUCUAAGGCCGGUCCACGAGCAAUUUCCAGCAAUUAUUACCCGGACAGUCCGGUCAUGAACCUUGGCAAUUUGGGUUUGCGCUAGAGAUGUGAAUAUGCAACCGAUGAAUACUACAAUCGAUCGUUCGAGCUCUUGGAAGUCGAUGCUGUGUGUGCGUACGCCGGAAAAAACCAUCAAACAUUUGGAUGCGAGGUCCUUCCAUCACAUCUUACCGUUGGAUGUUAAACGCAUUGCUGCUUCACGAUUCACCUCAAAAGCUCUUCAACCACAACCAAACGUUGUCAUAAUUAAUUCAUAAUCUAGUCAGCUCUUUCAAUGGCCCUUUGAAAAUACCUUACCUUGAUCUCAACAUUGUCAGAGCUUUUUUUCCGCCUCGAGAUGUGAAUUGGAAACCCAUAAGUCUUCUACCCCCAA